UCUGGCCGCACACUCGCUGGUGCUGCCGGAAGCGGCGGUGAAUUUGUGCGGCAUGGCGGAGAGUGCGCAGCCCGUAACGGAGGGAGCGGAGGCUCUCUGUAUGAUAGUGCUGGGCAUGGCCGGCUCAGGGAAAACAACGUUUGUGCAGAGACUCACGGCUCAUCUCCACGGGAAGAACUCCCCUCCUUACGUCAUCAAUCUGGACCCUGCGGUGCACGAGAUCCCCUUUCCAGCCAAUAUAGAUAUACGUGACACGGUCAACUACAAGGAAGUCAUGAAGCAAUACGGACUCGGACCCAACGGCGGCAUCGUGACCUCUCUCAAUCUGUUUGCCACCCGCUUUGAUCAGGUGGUGAGGUUUGUUGAGAAGAGACAGAAGGAUUGCCGGUACGUUCUGAUCGACACUCCCGGACAGAUUGAAGUGUUCACUUGGUCUGCGUCCGGCACCAUCAUCACUGAAGCUCUGGCCUCCUCGUUCCCCUCCGUGGUGGUUUAUGUGAUGGACACAUCUAGAAGCACCAACCCAGUUACCUUCAUGUCCAACAUGCUGUAUGCCUGCAGUAUAAUGUACAAAACCAAGCUGCCCUUCAUCAUCGUCAUGAACAAGACAGACAUCAUCGAUCACAGCUUUGCCGUGGAGUGGAUGCAGGACUUUGAGAGCUUUCAGGACGCUCUGAAUCAGGAGACGUCGUACGUCAGUAACUUGACUCGGUCCAUGAGCCUCGUGCUGGACGAGUUCUACAACACUCUGCGGGUGGUUGGGGUCUCCGCCGUCACUGGAGCCGGGAUGGAGGAAUUCUUUCAGAAGGUGGCGGAAGCAGCUGACGAGUACGAGAGGGAAUACCGGCCGGAAUACGAGCGUCUGCAGCGGCUGGCGGAGGAGGAGAAGAAACGCGAGCAGCAGGAGCAGCUUGACAGACUGCGCAGGGACAUGGGAUCGGUCGCUCUGGAUUCCGGACAAAUCCCAGGGUCCGACGACGCAGCCGAGGGACCCUCUGACCUGAUCCUCAUGCGGGGGAACAUGGAUGACGACGAGGCGGAGGACAGCGAUACGGAUGACAUCGAUCAUUCUGUGGCCGAGGCACAGCUGGAGGAACCAGCCUUCCAGAACUUUCUGCAGCAGGCCCAGAGCAAGUACCGGCAGCAGAGCGGCCAGUGAGGCAGGCGGAGGAGCCCGAGCAGGGGCCGGUGUGUGAGACAUUGAGUGGCUGCGAUCACGCGAGGGCCGUACCUGGCACUAAUUAUUACGGACCCCGCUAGAACCGGGCUGAGUGGCUACCGUGUGCCCGGUAGAGCGGGUGGUUUGGACGGCGGCUGCGCCGACAUCCCCUCUCGUCUGUCCUUGUCGGCCCCGGGCCAGAGACUAUGCUUCAUGCUGCCCCUUCCUGUCGGCCCGGCAGCGUUGGCUCUACGGCUGUGACGUACCGGUAACGGAGGAUUUCUCGCGGACCCCCGCAGCGCCUGGAAGAGGUCGUUUCUCACAUCUUCCUCCAGCGGUGGGUUUCAGGAUCUCCUGCCAUCGGUGUGGAAGGAGUAAUGAAUGAGUUAAUGGUGCCUUUGCUUCCUUUACUGGUGGUUUUGGAGAUGCCCCCUCUAU